AUGGUAGCAACCGAGCCGCGCAUCUCGCGUAAGAAAGAGAGACAACUUGAGCACAUUGCAGAAAAAAUUAGGGAUGGAAAUUUGAAGCGAAUUCUUGUCAUGGCCGGCGCAGGGAUCUCCACAAGUGCCGGGAUUCCUGAUUUCCGGUCGCCUGGGACGGGUCUGUAUGCAAGCGUCGCCAAGUACGAACUUCCAUACCCCGAGGCGCUGUUUGACAUUAGGUUUUUCCGAAAAAAUCCACGACCAUUUUAUACGCUUUACGAGGAACUGUAUCCCGACGGCCGUAAAUACCGGCCUACGUUGACGCACUGUUUUUUCCGGUUGCUCGAGGAAAAGGGCGUGCUGCUGCGGGUCUUUACUCAAAAUAUUGACACAUUGGAAACAUUAUCAGGUCUAGAUUCCGACAGCAUCGUCGAAGCGCACGGGUCGUUUGCGAAAGCGCGAUGCGUGGAGUGCAAGAAGCUUGUCGAACCUGCAUGGCUCGAGAAACGUUUGAAGAAUGGUCAAGUUGCACGAUGUGAACAGCAAGAGUGUUCUUCAAAAAAUCCGGCUCCCACGGUAAAGCCGGAUAUUACAUUUUUUGGAGAGAACCUUCCGGACCGAUUUUUUGAGCGUCUCAUCGACUUCCGCAGUGCAGAGCUUCUAUUGGUGCUGGGAACUUCUUUGGCUGUCAAUCCCUUUGCUUCGCUGAUCGACAAAGUGCCUUUAACGUGUCCGCGUAUCCUGUUCAAUUUGGAACGUGUGGGCGAGGCGCGUGAUAAUUAUUUCGGAAGCGAAGGAUUCGUCUUUGAAGACGAUUCACGCGAUAUAUUUUAUCCUGGGCAUGUCGACGAUACUAUCCGCACAUUUGUACAAAAAUGCGGAUGGGAGAGACAAUUGGAUACCAUUUAUAACACGCUCCAGGAUCGUUUGGACAAGGAGCAUGCUGCAGACGUACAACCGGAUGCAAAAGAAGAUAUAACGAACGACCAACUCGAUGCCGUUCCAUCGGAAAAGAAGCAAACCGAGACAAAUUCUGACAAAGUGUUGCCCUCUGCCGACAACCUCGCUGCGCAGCUGGCAAAGACGUCGUUGGAACCCAUGCACGGACCCCUAAAAAAGUUGUAA